GGUUAAUUUUGAGUUUUUCAGUUUUAACUUUUAACCCAUUCUUCCAAAAACCCCAAACAUCAAAACCCACGUCCUCGUUGAAGCUUACCUCACUCAUCUCCGAUUCGUGUCUGUUACCGGUGAUCCUUAACUCAAAUCAGGGUCAUCAUUAUGUUGGUGCGAAUGGAGCUCGACAGUUGAAUCCGGCAGAGUUGAUAAGAAAUGGUUUGUAAAUUAUCAACGAGGCUGAUGAAUAUAUGUGUAGCUUCAUUGUGUAAAGUCCAACAAAUGGAAAAAGCGGAAGCUGUUAUAAUUGAUGCUAUAAGGUUAGGAACACUACCGGAUGUUGUUACAUACAACACAUUAGUUGCUGCAUAUUGUCGGUUUGUUGACCUUGAUGCAGGCUAUUCAAUCCUCAAUAGAAUGAGAGAAGCAGACAUAUAUCCAAAUGUUAUUACAUAUAACUCCUUAAUUGCUGGCGCUUCCAACCGUUCGUUAUUCUCGAGAUGCUUUGAUCUUUUCGAUGAAAUGACGAUGCUCGGAAUUCCACCUGAUGUUUGGAGUUAUAAUACGUUAAUGCAUUGCUUUUUUAAAUUGAAAGAACCCGAGGAAGCUAAAAGGGUUUUACGCGAGAAAAUUAUGCCGAAAUUAUCUCCUUGUUCAACCACUUUUAACACCAUGUUUAACGGUCUCUGCAAGAACGGGUAUACCAGUGACGCGUUAAAGUUAUUCCGGUCGUUAAAGCAAAACGGGUUCAUUCCUCAAUUAAUCACAUACAACAUAUUGAUUGACGGGCUUUGUAAAUCGGGCCGGUUACGGGCUGCAAGACGGGUCCUGAAGGAGCUUGAGGAAUCGAAUCUCGAACCUAAUGCUAGUACUUACACUACCGUUAUGAAAUAUUGUUUUCGAGCGGGCAAAUUCGAAGAAGGUAUUGAGGUUUUUUACGAAAUGAAAAAUAAAGGAUACACCUAUGACGCGUUUUCGUACUGUACGGUCAGCAGUGCAUUUGCUAAAACCGGCAGAUUAGAAGAGGCGCAUAAAUGUUAUGAAUUAAUGAUCGAAAAAGGUAUCGAGCUCGAUAUUGUGUGUUACAAUAUCUUGGUUAACAUGUAUUGCAUACAAGGCAGGUGGGAAGAAGUUUAUAACCUGUUGAAUGAAAUCGAACAGGCGGGAUUAAAAUGUGAUGAAUAUACACAUACCACGUUAAUUGACGGGCUAUGCAGAGCAGGUAAUGUUGACGGCGCGUUAAAACAUCUGAGAUAUAUGGAUACAUUAGGUUUCGAUUCUAAUCUAGUUGCAUAUAAUUGCAUGGUUGAUCGGUUAUGUAAAGCCGGUUACAUUAAUAAGGCUUUGAGGAUUUUUGACACGAUGGAUAUAAGAGAUUCUAUUACUUACACCUCAUUGGUGCAUAACCUUUGCGAAGAAAGGAGAUUUUUGAAAGCGUCACAGGUUUUGUUAGUUUGUUUGAAACAGGGAAUGAAGGUGUUUCGACCGACACAAAGGGUUGUUGUGAAAGGUCUUCAUUCUUCGGGUUUAUACUCAGAAGCAAGAAAGCUUCAGUCAAAAAUACGUUUGGCCAAAAUUUUGCGGUCAUGAUAGGAUUAGUUGUUGAAUUGGGAUUAACGGAACCGUAAGGUUUUGUGUAAAUUCAUCUACACAACACAAGGGGAUGCGUAAAUGUCCAGUUGUGCUUACAUCUUACAUGAGCUUCUUUUUCUGUGAGAUAUAGAUUUUUAUGAAAAAGAAAAAGGGCUUCACAAGGAAGAAAAGAAGAGGUAAUGUUGACUGAAAUCUUGAGGCUCCACAUGAUGCUUGUGUGUGGCAUUAUUGUAAAUUUAUUGUCAGAUCCUUGUUGUUAAGCUAGCGUUUGGAUCUGCUAAACAAUAACCCUGGAGAAACAAUACUGUAACAUGACCUAUGUAUCAACAAUACUGCUCAGGUUUAUAAAAUCGUAUUAUUUAUUUGUCAAA